AUGGAAAACCAGACUUUUGGUGAUGACAUCCUAAUCAUGGAGGGGUUAAAGGUCACCUCUCAGUCCUUCAUCCCUGCCUUUGUCCUUCUCCUCCUCAUUUACAUCUUCAGUAUAGUGUCUAACAUCGGCCUGGUAGCUCUGAUCUUUAGGAGCAGGAACCUCCACCAGCCCAUGUAUCUGCUCCUCUGCAACAUGAGUAUUAAUGAUGUUUUCGGGGCCACGAUAAUUAUACCUCAUGUGCUCAGAGAUCUUUUAAUAUCAAACUCAGUGAGGUACAUUCAUUACAUCGACUGUGUCAUUCAGGCCUUUUGUGUUCAUCUCCAUGCAAGUGCCUCUCACACUGUGCUCAUGAUCAUGGCUUUUGAUCGAUAUGUGGCCAUCUGUAACCCACUGCGUUACGCCACCAUCAUGACCAACAGGAUGGUGGUGACGCUGUCAGUGGCAGCCUGGGGAACAGCCUUUGUGCUGGUGCUGAUCCUCGUCGUCCUCAGCGUCCGCCUGUCGCGCUGCAGGUGGAUUAUAUUUAACCCGUUCUGCGACAACGCCUCCCUGUUCAAGCUGUCCUGUGAAAGCGUCCUCAUUAAUAACAUCUACGGCCUCAGCUACACGGUGGUCCUGCUGGGCUCCUCCAUCGGUAGCAUAACUCUCACCUACCUGAGAAUUGCUACAGCUUGUGUGCUCAGUAAAAGCAAGGUGCUGAACAAUCGGGCGCUGCAGACCUGCACCACCCACCUGGCUGUGUACAUCACCCUCCUGGUCUCUGGCUUCAUCAUCGUAAUCCUGCAUCGUUUCCCUCAGAUGUCGGACCACAGGAAAGUGGCGGGAGUCCUGGGACAUGUUGCCUUGCCUGCCCUGAAUGCUAUUAUCUAUGGGUUGCAGAUUAAAGAGGUCAGGCAGAGGAUUAUUAUUUCGUUCCAUAACAAUAAAUUAGCUGUAAUGGACGUAAAAUGA